CGCCCCGCCCCCUUUACUGACAAGUUGCCCUCCUCCCCCAACCCCACCGUGCUUCGCUGUAGACGGACAGAGGAGUCGAAGCGGUGGAAGGUUUUGCUGCUCCGGCGUGCCGGAAAGCAAAUCCUUAGAAGACUGGAAGACUCAACUCUGAGGAACUGCCUCGCCCAGGAGGAGCAAUCCAAGAUACUGACAUCAGAGGUUCCUCAGUAAAGGUCCACUCAGAGCACCCUAAGUGAAGCCCAGAGUCUGUAUACUUCACCAAUAUAUAUAGAUCUAAAAAGCUUUUGUGUCUUUUCACUCGUAAGAGUAGACAGAAAAGAAUGACCAGAUUUUGGAAGAAAGCUCAGAAGUGAUAGAGACAAAAGCAAGCAGAAAAGCUAUUUGAAGUAAAACAACAGAAAAUUUCAAGAAAGCAAGAAUCAGUGAACUUGAAAGAAAAAAAUGCCUACAUAGUAUGCUUGUUAUGUGAAUUAGCUCAUUAACUAGUAGCAUGUUACGCAUAAAAGUGGAUAAUUUACAUGGUAAAUGAAAAUGGCCAAUUCUUUAAGAGGAGAAGUACUAAAACUUUAUAAAAAUCUGCUGUAUCUUGGACGAGACUAUCCAAAAGGAGCAGACUAUUUUAAAAAGCGUUUGAAGAACAUUUUCCUUAAAAACAAAGAUGUGAAGAAUCCAGAGAAGAUCAAAGAACUUAUUGCACAGGGCGAAUUUGUAAUGAAAGAGCUAGAAGCCUUGUACUUCCUUAGGAAAUACAGAGCUAUGAAACAACGCUAUUAUUCAGAUACCAACAAAACUAAUUGAUCAUUACUACUUUAAUUUAGCUGACAAUCAGUGCCAGCUGUUAUAUGUACCAGAUAUUGUGAAAUUAUUCUAACUUAAAAUGGGAAGAUAUACAUAUUGUGUAAAAAAUCCCUGAGCUGCCCUACUGAAUAGGUUUCAACUUCUGUUCAUACUGAGAAAUUAUCAGCAACUUAAUGCUCAAUUUUGAUACAAACAUAGCAGUUUAGCUAUACUACCAAUUAUAAAUUAAUGAGCACCCAAUUUUGAAUGAAAAUAUAAUACACUUAAUCCUGUAACUUAAUAGGACUUAGCCAAUUUUUAGCUUAUUUCUCCAUUUUACUGACAAGAGAAUGCCAUUUACUGAACAUUUAAUAAGCAAAAUAAUUUCUUAUUUCUCUUAACUUUUGAAAGGAAUCCCUUAUUUUUUCACCCAAUUUGAUACAUUAACAGCACAUACUCAAGGUUCACUCCAAAACAAAGUUUCUGACAAUGAUUUAAAUGUAGUUAUAGAAAUAACAUGUGUCGAGUUAUUCUGACCUUGAACUAGCCUGCUGGUGACUGGCAUUACAUACAUAACUAUUCAAUUAUUUCCAUUAUUAAUGUUGCUGCUGCUACCUUUGGGCCUAAAACCAACUCACCUGUUGUGUAUCAAUUACCUUCUUUGAUAAAAGGAAAUAAAUAAUGUUAUUCUAUUUUUUUGUCAUAAAGGCAGAUUUGCUUUCCAUCUACUUCUAAAUAUGGUUUUAAGUUUAAGCAAACACACCUUUACAUAAUAUCCACAGCAUCUUUUAGAAAUAAAGGAUAUUUCUAACUUAAAAGCUGCAUAAAAAGAUUCACUGGUAUUCUAUAGUGUCUAUGGCUUAUAAAGUAUUCCAUAUCCAUUUCGGGGCAAACAAUUCAAAUUCCAUGAACAAACACACACAGUCACUGUAACUAUUUUUAUUACAUUACAAUAAUUAGGAGUAGUACAGUUCAUGACAAAAAUAUUACAAAUUUUAGAUCACUUCACAGCACAUACUCCUAUAAACAUUUAAAAGUUAAUUUCAAUUAAAAGAGUGGUCAUUUUUAAUGUUUGAUAUGACCAACAUUCCUAGGUCAGCGCAACCAAAUGAUGGAAAACAACUGGAUCACACUGCAUAUGUCCCACAAAAGAAAGCACAAUGUACAAAAUGUGCAUGUUUCAGUUUACACUAUACAAAAAUAGUUAAAAUACAUUCCAGGUAAACAUGUUACAUUAAGAAAUAGUACUAGUAAGAAAUUGGCACUCAAAGGAAAAAUGCAAAGUAUUUUCAACAUGAAAACACAAGACAGUGGAAUUGAAAACUUUCGUAUAAAACAUUAUAACCCAGUUAGCUCUAUGUGGGUGUGGUGGGGAGAGAUGGGCCCUCAACAUUUCUGCAGAUAACUUUUUUUCCCCCUAAAUUCAUCUAAAUUACCUAUCAUUAUCCCAAACAGGCACUUCAAACUAUUAAACUAAAACACAGAUCUUAAUCUAGUUAUGACUAUUCUUCAAGAACUCAUGUGAGUAUCUUUAGAAAGAAAUUUUCAUUUUCUGACAGACAGCUAUCAGUUGUAUGCUAUUCAGUUUCUCAAUGCAGAAUUCAUGCUAUCCAGUAUUAACACAGAAGUUAUUAAAUAACUGCUGGGUUCUAAAAAACAUUACUACAUAAUUAUCAAGAAAUCAUUACUUUUUGACAAAUAGAAAUCUUCAGUUUUUACUGUCUAAAAAAAAUCCCCUAACAUUAUAUACUGUUUGAAGAAAAAAUAGAAGAAAAAAAAAAUGCAAUGGAAUAAAAUGAGAUGAACUUGUGCAAACUGUAACUUAACAUGCCCCACAAAGUUUCUAUGUAUGUAUUAGGACAAAAUUGUGCAAUGGUGGCAACAGUUUUGAUAACCUAUAAAAGUUAGGUUCUAAAUUCCUAUGCAGUGUGACUCAGUUAAAUAGAGCCUAGAAUGCCUAUCUGGGAAUAUUCACUCAAAUGAUACAAUAUGUGUGUGCUAUAUUCUUCCACAAACAUGUUAAUGCCUAAGACUAUGUAAUUUAGCUAUAAAAAAAAAAAAAAAAAAAAA